AUGCAGUACCAGACCUCCCCCUCCCCAUCACCUCAAUUCCUGUCCUCCGCCUCUCUCUGGAAAUUUCACUCCAUGACACCCUCUUCUUGGUCUCCCUUUUCCUCCCUCAGCACGAUCUCCGCUUCAUACCUGGAGUCUCUGGCACCGCAUCUCCCUGAUUCCCUUCGCAGCGUCAUUUCACAUUUUGCUGCCACUUUUUCCAAACCAGGCCCACCAUCGUUACCCUCGUCCUCACCACUCGACACCCUUGCGAAAUCGCUUGAGGCUCUGCAAUUCCUUGUCCCCUCCUCUUUCUCGUCAUUAUCCUCAACCACACAUCUCGCGGUCACAGUAAUCGCUUUACUUCUUGCGAUUCUUGCGAUGAGCUGGAACCCAUGGAGAAGGCACCCAUCUCCUCCAUCUCCCCUUCGAUAUACCCCUCCCACCACGCCAGCCGUUACCGAUGAUGAUUACAGCUACGUAACCGUUAAUGAUGCAGACUAUACCGGUCUGUGGGACAAUAUGGAGUAUUCUCCCCGCAGACAGCAGAUGAAAUCAAUUUACUGUUACAGCAACGGCAGCAGUAAUAAUGAUGAGUCAGAGCCAGAUGUGAUCAUUCUGAAAUACAGAGGGGCAUCGCACAAACUAAAUUUCCCCGCCUACGCAAUUGGUGAUGGCAUUAUCACAGUUGGGAACGUCAAAGUUGCUGCAGCAGACGUCCUGGAUGUCGCAGACACACGGCAGAUUAAACUUCUCUACAAGGGCCGUCUGUUGAAAGAUGACUUCGCCAGAGCGAGAGAUGUGGGAUUAAAACAGAACUCCGCAACAAUGUGCGUGAUAUCAAGGGUCCUCCCGGAAACCUCAAGUGAGGAGAGCAUCCUGACACCUCCACCCUUGGAAGGUUCUGAGAUCGUCGAGCGGUCAUCCCCUCCAGCGGUCAAUGGUGGCAGUGGAGCCGGAAGUGGUCGCAGAAAGAGACGUCACAGGGAGCGCCACAACAACACCACUACAAUCGACGCAAAAGACCCGGCGCGAAACCCAUCCACCUCCAGAAGCCCCCCAAUACCUAUGAACGAGCAACCUGCCCAACCAUCUCCGCGCUCCUCGCAUACGCCCCUCACUUCACAACCCAGAAACUCCCCCAAUCUCUCCACCCCGCCGCUAUCUGCCACCACGAACAAUAGCAACAGUAACACCCACAGGUCCUUCUCCUCCUCAAAGGCCCAGCCGCAAUCCAACCCCUCUCCACGCCCCUCCUCCCUCCCUACCCCCUCACCAAACCUCAACACAAUCAAAUCACCACAGGCCAAACUCUCCCUCCUCAGCGAAUACUUCCACAGCACGCUCAAGCCUCUGUUCAAUGAAUACGUCGAGCAUACCCCCACAGACCAGAAGACGCGGGAUUUCGAGCACCGCAAGUUAAGUGAGACAACGAUGGCGCAGUUGAUUUUGAAGGUUGAUGGGAUUGAGAUUGACGGUGAUGAGGAGGUGAGGCAGCAGCGGCGGACGCUGAUACUUACAGUGCAGAAUGCGUUGAAGAGGAUCGACGAGGCACAAAAGCUGGGGUAG